AGAAUUCUCUCGCCUCUAAAAAAAAAUGUAGAUAUUAAAAAUUUCUAAUAUCUAUGUGACAAUGAUUAAAUGGAAACUAGUUAAGUUUAUCAAGAGUAAAAAUUUGGAUAGCGAUCUCCACAAAAACACUAAAUUGAAAAGCAAAUAAAUCAAAUUUCCUUUCAAGAGGAAGAAAUUCAAAAAUUAGUUGAAAUCAUCCCUAAAACAUAAAUUUGUUAUGAAAAGGUAGUGCUCACUGAUUCAUAUGCUGUUAUACUGACUUUUCAUUCUUUUACGAUAAAAUUUGGAAAUUUCAUAAGAAAUUUGAAUUUUGAAGAAACAACUCAAUUAAUGCAUCUAGAAUCUAUUGAUAUAAUCACAAAAUACAUUUGUGAAAAUCUUUAGUUGAAUCAAAAUGAAAACAUAAAUAUAAACAUUGGUUAACAUCAAGAUCAAUUUUAAAAAUUUUCAAUUCCAUCUACUCCUAUUACAGUAUCUUUGGAAGAUCUGGGUAUCAUCGAAAUUCAAUAUCCAAGAUUAUAAGCUUACUUUUAGGAUUCAGGAUAAUGUGAAAACAUCUAUUUAACAAAUACAGAUGUUUUGCAUUUAAUAGGAAAUAAAUUUAGCACAAUUUAAUAAUAUGAUCAAUUUUGGAAAAUAGAGAACUUACAUUAGAUAAUUUUAUAAUUUGAGGAUUAAAGAAAUAGGGAUUGA